AUGGGGAUGCUCAUCGGGCCGGGGCCCGCCGCGUCGCCUCUCCCCAUCGCCGCCUCCUCCUCCUCCUCCUCGUCCGCCCACGUGGCGGCCGUUGGCGGCGGCGGCGGCGGUGGGGCGAGGACCUUGCGGCAUCGGGUGUCGGUGGCGGUGUUCCGGUCCCCGAGUACGCAGGUUUUGGCGACGAGGUGGCGCCGGCGGAGAGGUUUGGUUGUGUGGUCGGAUGUCGUCGCUGGUGGCGCAGCCGCCGCGGCAGCUGGGGAUUCGACGCCGGCGCUGUCAGGCGUGCAAUUGGUUUCAAGAGUCAGAGGGGUUUGCUUCUAUUUGGUGACUGCAGUUGCAGCAAUCUUUUUGUUUGUAGCUAUGGUUGUGGUUCAUCCACUCGUGUUGCUAUUUGACCGGUACCGUAGGAGAGUGCAGCACUACAUCGCGAAGAUUUGGGCUACGUUGACAAUUUCCAUGUUCUACAAGCUUGAGGUUGAGGGAAUGGAGAAUCUACCUCCAAAUAGCAGUCCUGGAGUCUAUGUUGCUAACCAUCAGAGCUUCUUGGAUAUUUAUACCCUUCUAACUCUAGGGAGGUGCUUCAAAUUUAUAAGCAAGACCAGUAUCUUUAUGUUCCCUAUUAUAGGGUGGGCAAUGUAUCUCUUGGGUGUGAUUCCUCUGCGGCGUAUGGACAGCAGGAGCCAGCUGGAUUGUCUCAAACGGUGCGUGGACUUGGUGGGAAAAGGAGCUUCUGUAUUUUUCUUUCCAGAGGGUACUCGAAGUAGAGAUGGCAAGUUAGGUGUAUUUAAGCGUGGCGCAUUCAGUGUCGCCGCAAAGACCGGAGCUCCUGUGAUACCUAUUACUCUUAUCGGAACUGGGAAAUUGAUGCCUUCUGGAAUGGAAGGAAUUCUCAAUUCAGGUUCAGUAAAGGUGAUUAUUCACCGACCUAUUCAAGGAAAUGAUGCAGAAACAUUAUGUUCCGAAGCAAGGAAUGUGAUAGCAGACACUCUUCUUCUACAUGGUUAUGGGGUGCAUUAA